AUUUUGAAAAUAGUUAACGAUUCGAAACGUGACCUAUUUAAAUAGCUGCAGUGAUACACAAGGAGCAUUUUGAUAUGCAGAGUGUUAAGUUCUGUUCAGUAGUUUUAGUGCAAUUUUCAUGUGAGAUUUCGCCAAGAACAUGCGGCUUCUUUGUGCCGAUGUUCCAGAAUUAGCCAGCCAGGAGGCCUAAUAUAGUGAUCGGUCGAAAGUUGAGAAGACUACAUGAGGAAAAGACAGCAGUAUGUAGAUUAUGAAGAGCACAGAUUGAAUCCAGCAGUGACAUGGGCCAUUUGUUCAAUAGAAUAUCUUGGUUAUAUGGAGAUUGCCUGAGAAAGCAAGGUGUAUGCUACAAGGUGCAGGUGUCUGCAAAAUAUAUUAGGAUUGACUGGAUGGAUGAAAAAACCAGAAAGAGUGCUCUUGAGAAGGUUGCGGCAAUAACGAGUCAUAUUGGGUACCCAGAUGAACUUCUGGAUGAUUCAAAAUUAGAAGAAUUUUACGAAAAACUAAAACUUGACGAAAAUUCAUCUUACCUAGAGAAUAUUCUGGAUGUGAACUUAUUUAACAAAGAAUAUUUAUUCAGUCAAUUAAGAAAACAAGUAAACAAGACACAUUGGGUAUCAUAUGCCGACGUAGCUGUUAUUAAUGCGCGUUAUUAUCCAUUUCAGAACAGUAUGAGUUUCACAGCUGGUAUCUUUCAAGACGCUUUGUUUAACAUUGACCGACCAAAAUAUCUAAAUUAUGGUGCUAUUGGAUUUGUAAUUGGUCAUGAAAUUUCCCACGGCUUCGAUGAUAUUGGAAGAAAGUUUGAUAAAGAUGGUAAUGUGGUAAAUUGGUGGGCAUCAUCAACUGAGAAGAAUUAUCUCAAUAAAGUCGAUUGUAUAAUUAAACAGUACGGUAAUUAUACAAUAGAAGAAAUUAAAAUGAAGAUAAAUGGAAUAAACACCCAAGGCGAGAAUAUCGCUGACAUUGUAGGCAUGAAAACAUCAUAUUUAGCUUACACAGAGUGGGCUAAACAAAAUAAGCCAGAGCCAGUGCUUCCUGGAGUUCCGUACACGCCAAAACAAUUGUACUGGAUUAAUGCCGCAAACACAUUUUGUUCUGUGAUCCGACCUGAAGAAUUGAAACGGAUAGUCAGUUUUAAUGCCCACAGUCCACUGGAGUUCCGUAUACGUGGACCGAUGUCAAAUUUAAAAGAAUUUGCAAAUGAUUUUAAUUGCCCCUUAGACUCACCAAUGAAUCCACAACAUAAAUGCGUCGUAUGGUAAUCAUUUAAGGUGGUUCGGACGCUACAUAUAAUGCAUGCUAUUGCUGUAUUUUUAUUGUGCUAGUGUUGUCUCUUUCACAAACUAUUGUCAUCUUACUUGUACGUAUGGUUUUGUCAUAGGCCUCGAUUUUUCCCAUCAAGAUAUUUUUAAAACCCUUUGUCAGAAUUUUUUCUCUUAGUUUCCACAUAAUCUAUAAGAAUCGAUUUAUAUAAAAAAUAGUUUUUUGUUUGUUUUAUCUUUAGUAGGUUUGUUAUUUAUUAUUUAAAAUAUAUGAGCCCUCGCAAUAUUUAGUAUAGGGAAGUAUAGUGACUGCAUGGAAAAAGUUCAAUUUUUAAUAAUUAAUUACGCAAAAACUUUUCGUCAGAUCUUUUUCAAAAAAUUAAUUUAAACGUAUUUAAUAUUCAUUUAUAACAUAUUAAAAAUUUAGAUUUUUAUCUUUACAUUGCCUUCAUGUCCGAACCACCUUAAACUCAAAUUAUAUUUAAGUUAUAGUGACUGUUUGAUGUUAAACAUAAUUAAUUGUUACCAUUAUAU